AUGCACCGAUCAAUGGCAUAUUGAAGCACCAUGUCGGAGACAACGGAGGAGCAGCUGCCGCUGUAUCUAACGCCGCAGUUCUUUAGGCGCACCCUCGAGCACGGCCUGCAGCAGCAGGAUCUAAAGGUCCUGGCAGUACAACUGACGAAUCUGACGCGUGGCGGCGAGAACUACUGCAGCAACAUUUACCGGGCCAACAUUCAGUAUCGAAAUGCGGAGGGCAGACAUGUGGAGACAUCGCUGAUUGUCAAGUCCAUGCCGGACGAGAAGCAGGCCAUACUGGCUCGACUGCACAUCUACAACAAGGAGAGUGUCUUCUAUAUGCACAUUAAGCCAAAGCUGGAGACGCUCAUGUGGGGCAGAAGCGACACCACAGAGCCCUGGACAUUGGGUGCGAGACACUACUACUCAACCACACAGCCAGAGCAGACCAUCGUCUUUGAGGACCUUUGCUCGGAGGGAUACCAGUUGAAAUGUCGUCAACUCGGCCUGGACAUGGAUCAUGCGACGCUUCUGAUGCGCAAACUGGCAGAAUAUCAUGCCCUAACGAUGGUAAUGGCCGAGCACGAGCCAGAGACCAUCGUCGACCGCUAUCCCUUUGGACUGCUGCACAUGGAUGCCAUCAAGUCAGAGCCCUUCAAGUUGCUCUUUGGCACGCAGCUCCUGAAACUGGCAGCUCUCGUGGGCGAUAUCGAGGGUUUUGGGGCCAUAACCUCGAAGCUUUAUCGCUAUCACGAGCACUUCACAGAGCGCAUCCUCAAGUCUGUGUAUCCGUUGAGGGGAAAUCUGAAUGUGCUCAACCAUGGCGAUCUGUGGGUGAACAAUAUAUUCUUCAAAUACAAUCAGGAAUACAAAGUGGAGCAAGUCAAGAUUAUCGACUUUCAGCUCUGUUUCUACGGCAGCCUGGGCUUUGACAUCAACUACUUCCUGAACACCAGCCUGGAGCUGGAGGUGCUGCGUAGCCAGCGUCAGCGCCUCAUCGACAUCUACUACGAGGCACUGGUGGCGUGUCUGGAGCGGCUGCCCUGGUCCAAGCCACUGCCCACGCAUGAUGCCGUCGUGUCUGAGAUAAAGGCACGCGAGGCUUAUGGGUUCUUUGUGGCCUUUGGCUUCUUUCCGCUGAUGAGCAUGAUUGGCGUCGACUCGGAGGAUAACUCUCUGAAGAACUUUCACGACGAGGCCUUUGCCCGACAGAAGGUGCAGCUGAUGUUUGAGGGAAAUGCACGUACCCUGGAGAGCUUGAAGUGCACGCUGAAACGUCUCGACGAGCUGCAUCUGUUCGACUGAACGUUUGUAAUUGUUUAUAAAAAACAAC